UACUUAAAUGAAGGAGAGCUGUUGUUCUAAUUUAACAUCCUCAUCGCUUCGCACCAACAACCUCAGCUAAAAGUACAAGUUACAACCUGAGAAACCAUGGUCGCAAAGUCAAAAUCCUCCAACAGGGGCAGAUUUGGACGUAAGAACAAAGACGACGAUGAGGAUGAGCAGGUCACAGGGGCUUCGUCCAUGGCUUCGUCCAUCACUGCAUCCCCAUCCAGCUCCAGUAGUGGCUCGUCCGAUCAAAUAGGGCAAGGCCUCCCUGGGGUUAUUAACAUGGCACAUAUUCACAAACCCUUCAAGGACCCAGGACGGCAUGCAUCCAAGAAAACUAAAAACCUGAAGCAGAUCAUUGCAUUAGAAAAGGCCAAGGAAUGGAAGCCGACCAUACCGACAUAUUGGAAUAUCGAAGCACUGCCAUCUAUGACACCACAGAAAAAAUAUUGUGAUAUCACUGGACUGGAGGCUCGGUACACAGAUCCCAAGACGCGUUUACGAUACCACUCAACCGAAGUUUACCAGCUGAUCAAGACACAGCCCAUUGGUGUGGUGCAGCAGUAUCUUGGUCUCCGUAACGCAGCAGUUGUCCUCAAAUGAGCAUCCGCAGCAUUUUCUUAUUUUUUAUUUUUUUCCUAUGCGUAGUUUACUUCUAUUUUCUGUCUUUAUAUCUCAAUAAAUCGUGUAAUAUAUUCAACUCUCAA